CGCUGCUGUGCCGCUGUGCCGCUCGCUGUUUCUGGAUGAGUGCGUGACGGUCGACUGCUGGAACUGCCUGCGCGACUGCGAUUUCGGCGAAUUUGAAGCCCGCAUAAAUCUCCAGGAGGAGAAGCGGCACCAGCGGCCAUGAGCGGCAAGGUGCUGAUUUUGCCCAAGAGGGAGGGAAGUCCUCACAAGAGGCAAAGCCUCACAGGGAGCAUUGAGGAUGAUGGAGAGGCCGAGUUCCACUGGGACGACUACUUGGAGAGCACGCAGAGUGAAGCCGUACCAGCUACAGCGUUCGCCCAUGUCGAGCACAGCCUGGAGAGUGGCCUGCGGCCAGGUAUGAAGCUGGAGGUGCCACUUAGCACUGCCGAUGGUGGAAAUGGCAAUGGUGGUAACGGCGGCGGUGUCUACUGGCUGGCCUCGGUGGUGACCACGUGUGGCCCGCUGCUGUCCCUGCGCUACUUGGGCUAUGGGGCGGACCGGUCGGCCGACUUCUGGUGUGACGUGGGCACCAACGAGGUGCAUCCGCUCGGCUGGUGCGCCCGAAACCACAAACCUCUCAAGCCACCUCAGGCCAUUGUGGAGAAGCAUUUGGACUGGGAGAAGUUGCUGGCCGACGAACUGAAGAGUGCUGUCACUGUGCCAUCCUAUGUUCUUGAGAUGAAAGGCUCAGCCCCCAUUGACCAGAUCCAGCCAAACAUGAAACUGCUUGUGCUUGAAGAAGAGAACCCACUGAAUGGCUGGGCGGCCUCCGUCCUGAAGAACGUGGGCGGUCGCCUGCUCCUGCGUUACGACGGCUGCAAUGACCCCCAGUGGGACCUGUGGCUCUUCUACCUCUCGCAUCGGGUCAAAGCGCUCGACAUGCCUUCACAUGGCGACCAGAACUAUCGACCGCCGCAGUGCAUUGAAAACCUGCACUCGCUGGAUCAGUGGAAGUGCAUAUUGCGCGAUUCCAUGGUGGAGGCCGAGAAGUACAACGGAAAGAUCUUGGCCAACAUAUUACAGCCACCGGUGCCGCUGUCUCAGCACAGCUUCGAGGUCGGCCACAAGGUGGAGCUGCUGAACCCCAUAAGCCGCACGGAGGCCUGCCCUGCCACGGUCACGGCCACUUUGGCUUCAGGACAGUGGUUCCUUGUUCAGGUGGACGACCUGGGGCAUCCGUCGAAAGCACCUCCUCUGGUCAGGUGGUGCCAUGCUCGAUCGCAGACUCUCCUGCCGGUCGGCUGGGCCCAAAAAAAUGGGCUGAUUCUCUUGGUGCCCCCUGGCUACCCGUUCGAGACAUUCAGCUGGGACGAGUACCUCACGUUGUGUGGUGCUAAAGCGGCGCCAAGGUCAUGCUUCCAUCUCGAAGAAGACAGCCUAGGAUUUGAGCCAAACCAGAAGCUGGAGGUGGUUAACGGCAAGAAUCCCAAUGAGCUGUGUGUUGGAACAGUGGAACGCAUCUGCCCUCCACUGGUGUGGGUCCACCUAGAGGAUGGCAGCGAGGGUGGCACCAGCGUGGUGCUUCCACUGCGCUCGCAGCAGCUGUUUCCCGUCGGAUGGUGCGGUUCAAACGGGUGGCCCCUUCGCAAGCCCCGCGACUGGGCCCCUCCCCAUCAUCCUCCUGCCCUGUCACCAUUGAGGCGUGGAAGUGGUGGGGCAGCGGCUCCAUCAUCAUCUGCAGCGGCCACUGACACAAACAGCAAGAAGUCAAGUUCUGUGGAGGCCAAGUCAGGCUGGUGCCCUGCGCUGCACCUGAACCACCGGUGCUUCUCGGGCCCUCUGCUGUCCAAGGGGCGCCUGGCUGAACUCCCGCGUCAGACGGGGCCGGGUCCCGUAGCACUGGUGCUGCGUGAGGUCCUGGCACAGCUCAUCGGUGUCGCCUACAAGCCCAGCAGGGUGCUUGCCAUCCUCCAGCUGCGGGGAAGCCCUACACCAGGCAUGCACCAGCAGAUACUCAAGGCCAAGUACAAAGGGAAGACGUAUCGAGCCACAGUGGAGACGGUGCGCAGCAGCGGGGAGGUGGGCGCCUUCUGCCGCAGCAUCUGCGAGAAGCUCGAGUGCUGCCCAAACCUGUUCGGACCCACGAGCUUUGGCGAGAACUCCUGUCCCAAUAAUUGCUCGGGACUCACCAAGACCAAAUACACCUACCACUUCGUGCGCAAGCGGCACAAGCGGCAGAUGGCCAUGCGCAAGGCAAAGCAGGCACGGUCCGAGAGUCCUGCAUCUGGAGCUAAUGCCUCGUCCAGCGGGUCCACGGGCGAGCCCUCAGAGCCAAAGAAGAGCCGGCUUGAUGUCACGGCACCUGAACAAAGUACAGUUUCCCAGGAAGUCAGCACUACUUCCCCUCCUGCCACAAACGCCACCUCUGCUGUUGCUGCUACUGCCGUGAAGAAGUCUGAGCGACUGUCAAAUCGUCAAGCCCCACAGCCAGCCACUCGGAUCGGACAACGGCCGCCUGGCAGACCACCUGGCAGACCACCUGGCAGACCACCUGGCAGACCACCUGGCAGGCCGCCUGGCAGACCAGCCGGCAGACCACCCGUCAGACCGCCUGGCAGACCGCCCGGCCGACCACCCAAGUCUGCCAACAGGCAGCCUCCUCCGGUUGAGCCACAGCCUGCACGUCCGCCAGAAGAUCGACCUGGAGUGCGUACGCGAGGUGCGCGCCUGCCCGACUUCAAGACCCUCAACUUGGACCUGCGGUGGCAGAAGCCACUGAGGGCGCGUCUGGUUUCCAACAAGAAGCAAGAGCAGCAGCAGCAGCAGCAGCAGCAGCAGCAGGCUUCCCGAUCCGACACUCCGGACUCCCUCUCCUCCGAAGGCACUACAGAGUCGGUAUCAAGCACACAGCAGUCGCAGCAACCGAGGCACCACAUUCCCCAACUCCUCCUGGACUCCAACCCGAUCGAGUGGAGUGUUGGAGAUGUGGCUCGUUUUGUCUCUGGCACCAAUUGCGCGUACCUCGUUCGUGCCCUGCAGGAACAGGAGAUUGAUGGACAGGCUCUUCUUCUGCUGACUCUUCCCUUGGUCCAAGAGUUCUUCGAACUUCAGCCAGGUCGUGCCAUCCAGUUUUGCCAGCUGCUGGAACGCAUCAAGCUGGCCUUCUACGUCCAGUAUGCCAAGUGAAGUGACACCGCGAGCAUCCAAGACGAAGGAGCAAUGCGAUUACCGGUGACAUCAUUAGUUUGUGUCUCUGUUGUUUCGCCUGCUCUUCUGUGAUAAAAGCAGACGAAAAGACUAAGUGGGCUGUCCUGUGUGCUCGGAAUGCCGAUAUAAACUUUGAGAUUGAUGUCUGAUAAUAUUUACUGUUCAAGUGCUUCCUGUCAAACAUGACCAUGUUGGCACGGGUCGGCUAGUGACAAGCUGUGACAUUGGUGACGGUACCUGCCUUCCUGGGUGAAAGAAAAUCUUUCGACGAUUGUUUGUCUUGCAGUCAUGGCAGUCUCCCGAAUCACUGAGUGAUGGGCAACUGGUGUGACGUCGUGUAAAACAUGGUGUUCGUCUAAUUAAAGGUCUGCAAGUGAACAGUGAAGCGUGAAAACAGAGUGAUGCUUCGCUAGAAUUUCACUUUGUGGUGAUAGGGCUGACAGUUUUGGCAGGCGCAAUCUGUGAUUCUACAGUUAUGGACUGACAGGGUGUGUAUUGGGCCAAGACUUCUUGCAGCGUGUUCCCUGGAGAACAACACGAAGCUCUUUAUGUAACAUUUGAGUUGGGCACUUCAAAGGUGUGAUCUUGUAUGCGUUAUGUUACAUCGUUUGUCCUCGCCACUCGCGAUUGUUCGAGGCUCACGUAAAGGGCACGAAUGGGGUCAGUCACGUGACCCUUAUGCGGGGGCAACGAACAUUCCUUUAAAGAGUGCACACAAGUCCACAACCCGGGUCUGCUCCUUGGGACCACACAUCUUUUAUGGUGUGUUUUCCAGUCUUGCAUCGUUGAGUACCCGAUUCCUUGAAGUCUUAUUAUGAAAGGGUUUUCUUCCUACAUUUUUAACCCAAGAAUUUUGCCUGUAUUACAUUUUGGUUAGUAUUAUAUUGUGAGCUUUAUGGUAUGCAUCCUGGGAAAAUGAUGGCAUUUGCUAGAAUUUAAAAAAAAGCGAGAAACCUCCAAGCUGGGCAUUUUGAACUAAGAAGUGUUGUUAGGCACAUUUUGACUGUUCACAAAUUCAUUUACUGUUUACUGUGUUCGUAAAUGUGUUGUCCGUGAAUGUUUUUAUGAUGGCAUUUUCUUUUAGUGGUUGUCAAGGGUGAAUGCGUUAAAUGUGUACUAGCUUACUUGACGUGGCGCCUGAGCGAAACGGCAGCAGAAUCUUUUCAUAGGCAAUCCCACACACGGAGAGUAAGCGGUGGUUUUCCUAUGUUGUCCAUUUUUAGGCUUGGCACUGGCUUGCACUGCGUAACAGGUAUGUCAUGUUAAAUAUGCGACAGUUAGCAAAAAUGUCAAGCUCACCUGUCUUGGAUUCAGUCUGCGAUUGUGAUUGUAGGGCGGAGUCGGCAGACAAUAAAUGCUAACCUGUUGUACUCGGCUCACCAUUAUUUAGAUGAGGUAAGCAGGACUUGGCCUCGUCAUCUCUACUGAUAUACACUCAAACCUCAUUAUAACAAAAUUGCAUCUUACAUGAAAAUAAGUUCUUAAUAACCGAAAAUGCGCUAUAAAGGUGUAUUCCUAACUCUCUUUCUAUUGGAAGACUAUUUUUAUUUACUUUGUUACAACUGAUAUUUCGUUAUAUCCACAUUUGUUAUAUUGAGGUUUGAGUGUAAUGAAAAAAUGCCUUCUAGCUGUGCAGUGUGCCCUUAAAAUAUGUACAACUUUUAAGAAGCAAUAUUCCUAGACAGCAAUAACCAUCAAUUGUGAAUUUUACGUGCAAUCGCAUUGAAAUUGCAAUUGGGCUGUUAGAGUGCUUCUGACAGGAAACUGCCUGAUGUGCAGUGGCAAAUGAAAAGCAACCAAAAUUGACGUUAAUUGUCGUUGAUUUGAAAAAUGAAACCAGAAAGAGUGUGCAGCUUUCAAGGGUGUUAAUACGUGGUGCCAAUUUUGACAGCUCUUGUGGGUCGCAGUGCCAUAAGCUUGUAUGUACAGUCUGAAAACACUAGGGUUUUUAGUGUUUCUCUUGAGCUUUCUUAUUCAGUGCAAUGCAUUCAACCACAGCGUAAGAAAUAGCAGAAUAGUUGGAAGGCAGGCUUUUAGACCUGUAGGAAUGACUGGUGCAUCCCUCGUUUUUUUUUUUUUUUUUAAAGUGUACGAGCAUCCUCUUGCAUAGUUACACCCUUAAAGGUGUACAGUGCUGGUUCUCGCAUUCAGUCUGCUGUUCGUUCUAGCAUGAUGUGCCAUUAAGCCACUUUAAGAAUGAAAGAGAGGGUGAUGCUUUUCGAAUGCAAUUCCAAGAGCUCUCAGACUUUGCAGUGAACAUUCGUUUUCGACUUGAGAGCUGAGAGUGAGGGAGUUUAAGAAAAUGAGUUAUUCCCAUCUAAGGAGUGAACGGGGCUCCCCUUAGUUUGAAGAGUGUAUGUGCAAAUACUUGUGUGUUUGGUUUCCUUAUUGUGAAUGCUACAAAAGUGGUCUAUAAUUGAUAUAGUGUGGAUAAAUGUGGCCAGAAUUUUUCUUUUUUUUUUCCGGCUUUGAAACUGCCUACACACUGUUGUAUUUAGUGAUUUAAUGUAGAUCUUUUUAAUGGUAGUCAUUGCAAUUCACAAUUGCAACUUACAAUUGAAAUACCUGGGAUCAAUGUGGAGUUGAGACAAUGGUUGUGAGGGGAAACUGCAUACGCACAGCAUACACUUCAGCAUCAGUUUUAGCAUAGCUUUUCUCACUUUUCACAUGAUUUACGGACUUUCAAUCCUACAUCCUAGUUGGCUGAUCUAGGUUAUCAUUAACAAAAGUCUAAAGCUUCAAGCCUUUGUGUCAUAAUAGUUGACAGACAGUUGGUACAGUAUACUCGCACUUUAUCUUUUUGCCAGUGGAUGUUGUUCAGCCCAUCUAAUCGUGCAAUUUUGUUGAGAAGUACCUGUUUAGACCCACUGGCACCACUAAACGCGCAAACCUUUCUGCAGUGCGAAAUUAAAUUUACACUGUGACACGUAGCAACUUAGUUGCAUCAAGGUACUCUGCUUAGCUCUUUUCAUUCUUUCCGCUGCCUUGUCUCAGCCAUGGAAGUUUCUGCUGUGUAGCUAGCUUGUUUCAUCUAAGAGGUACCGUUGUGGCUUUUGCGUGCUGUCCAAACACUGCUUAAGUGCACAGCCUGCUAUCAUCUUUCGGAUUAAACCGACACUGCUGACCUCAUUAUUUCAUUGUGGUUCACCUAUUUUAUGCUAGGCUUGACCCCAAGGAGUGAGCUUGCAGUUCCCUCACCUUGUGGCCUGUUUCCAGUGCCUUUGAUUAGUCGCCUAACUUGAAAGACCGGAUGAAAAUAAGCAACUAUGCUUUUUACAAGAGAGAAGGUGGUUCCAGAAUAAACGUUAAAAUGUAGCUAUCACUGUUGAAUGUAGCUUAGUUUUGUAGUAGCAGAGCUUUAAUGUUAUUUUACGGGGCAGUGUAGGCCCGGAAUAAUGCUCAUGGAAAUGACCAAUCAAAGAUGCUGUCACCAUGCAUUCCACAACAAGAUGGAUGCGUAAGCUUAUAACAUAUCGUGCUUACACCUCCUAAAUCUGGUUGUCUAUAUUUUGCCACGACUUAUGGGACGAUUAGCUUGACAAGGAGGCUUUGCACACGUGUGGACGAAUGAACCACAUAAUUUGACAAGUGCAUGAUAUGUUGCGGUUAGCAUUUGGCACGGCAUCCUAACGACUGUAGAGGGGUUGGGAUCUGUUCACUGCCUUGUCGAUCAUGUACGAAUACUCAGCCAGGAUGUUAAAAGUACCAAAAGGAGGAGCAAGUUGUCUGCAAUGAUCGCAGUGUGUGCAGAUAGAGGUCGAUAUGCACAGAAAUUCGCCAGCAUGCAUUUUUUCUUGCUGUUGAGUAUUUAGAAAGAAAUGCGUGGUACUGCACUUAACUCCUGCACACAGUACAACUACUGCUGUACUUUUGUGUAUUGUCAUGCUUGUGGAAACUAUACUGAGUUCACUGCAGCAUGCUCAGGCUCGCCACAAAUGUCUAGAUAAUUAAAGAGGCUUCUUCCAGGCUAAUUUUGUGCAAUAAAUGGCACGAAAUUCACAGAAUACCAAGGUGGUACCAAGAAAGAUUGUCUAUGUAGUGCUCGGUUUUAGGGCGUGACAGUUUUCGUCAUAGUCACAAAUUGAGUUUGCAAACCGCCAAGAUACUAUUGGGAAAUAAGACACCGUGCCAUUUAAAUUAUUGAGUUUAAUCGAAUUAACUAAAAGGAACUCUGGCACGGCGUUCGUUCGGUCCCCAUGGGAAUUAUGGGUAGUACCACGCGGAUUUGCCUGGUCUUCGUGCUUGCGGGUUUUGCAUUCACUUGAGGCUUUGUUUAUUGUUGUGUUUUGGUUUUGUUCCAAAUGAAAGAACGGAAUGUUGUGGACUUCGUGAGCCGAUUUGAACUGGUGAGCCUAAAAAGGUCGAAGUGGUGAAGGUUAACUGCUUAAUCUUUGCUGAACUUCUUUCGGCAAAGUGGGUUCAGGCCACACGGAGCCAAAGGGAGCUCAAAGAACGAAGCUCAGACAAACAAGUGUACUACCCAUCAUUCCCACGCUGGCUUGGCACUAGUGCUAGUGUUCCAUGUAGUGUAUUUAUAGGAAAUGCUAUGAUUUAAAUUACACAACGGCAUCCACCGCUUCCGCAAAUGUAUUCAAAACAUAUGUGUGCAAAGUGCUAGUAGUGGCAUUGAUGUGAAUUAAUGACCUGAUAGUGUCUAAGUGAGAUGAUUUCAUCUGCCAUUGCACGAGUUGGACCAUUGCUUGCAUCGCAGUCAUCGUAUUCAUUGUGUUUUUUGGAAGGCCUCGUGCUUGUUGUCUUCGGCGUGAUCAAGAGCAGACCAGUGGGCAUUUCUCACGGGUUUGCUGUGUGCAUGUGUUGCGUGUUCCAACUCAUUAAAGGUGAGCGCAUCAAUCGCUGUCGAUACCAAAGUGCGAGAAUGUUGUUAUCUAUGAUCAAAAGUCUAAUGCAUAUGUUAUUUUUCUCCGCGAAUAAAAGUACGCCGUCCGAA